GUUUCAACAGCUGUACAGACGAGCUUCUAAAGAAUAUAUUGUAUUCAAUUUCCAUUUAAAAAAAAAAAAAUGAAAUUCGCCGUGUUUCUUGGUGCCUUGGCAGUAUUGGCCGCUGUGUGCCUUAUUGAAGCCCAACCCGUGUCCGAAGCCGAAGAGCCAUGGGAGGUACUUCCCUCACCUCUAGUCGAGGAGGAGCCGCACAUUCGCCAGAGACGUGCCACCUGCGAUUUGUUGAGCGGCUUUGGCGUCAACCACGGAGCCUGUGCCGCCCACUGUGUGUUGCGGGGAAAUCGCGGAGGUUACUGCAACGGCAAAGCUGUUUGUGUAUGUCGUCGCCGCUAGACCAACAAAAGUCUAUUCCUCUUGUAUUUAUUUAAUUAAUUUGAAGCUAAUCUAUAUACAUGUACAUAUUCAAAAAUUAAAUUGUAACCGAAAACUGGGCAGCAACACGUGUCGUAGAUGAGCCUUUGCACAGCAAAAUAAAAAGAUUUAUUCGUAUUAUACACAUAUAAAAA